AUAGCAUAGAGUCAUAAAUGUUCCCGGGGUUCGGGCACAUUGUGUGAUUCGAUAAAGAGAAAAACAAGAAAAAAAGACAUUUCUGAAAAACGACAAAAUUAUCAAUAUGGUUGUUGUGUUCACGGAAAUGUCUAGCUAGGUAGUUACCUAAAGCAUCGUGGGACCGUGGACAACAACAGGAGUCCGGACGGCGGCACGCAAAACUGCAUUGCCUGCUUCAUGGGUAAAUGUAGCCUUACCCACAUCAACCUGGACCCCAUACACACAUGCUAAAGCAGGUGGAUUGGGUUUUGGAAAACAGUGUUCCCAGGUCACCUGUGGAGGUCGAGCAUGGCUCAAGGAUUUAACACUUGUUUUCGGAACCUUCCGCCAUUGUCGGCGGAUUCAAGGACUUUGAAUGUGCCUUUGGAUUCUGAAGAUAGUUUGGCGCACCACCUUGAAAGCCUCAUUGAACAUAAUGACCUUUCCAACACCGUGGUUUCACCGGAAAACAUUUCCUCAGACUUGAACUUGAGUUCAAACUUUUUCUCAAAUUCCAAUACUAGUUCUGAUUUUGUACAACAUAAAUACUAUGAUGACGUCGUUUGGCAAGAUGAGGGUCAACCAGUACAUCAUGAAGGUCAGUUUAAUCACACAAGCAACAGCCUCUUUGCCUCAGCUAGAGCAGCCAGUUCAAGUAAUUGCCUCUCAACUUCAGGUGCAGACCUAAACCCCCAUGAUCUUAAACAAGAAUGUGACUUAUUGAACCCUUCCAUUCCAGUGGACUACUCAGAUGUUAGUAGCUGCUCAGAGUCCAAUGUUGACAGGAAAGGGCCUUCUUGUGAAAUGUUAAAACAUGGUUCAAAUGAUUCUCCACUGGUUGCAGAUGACGAGAAGGAAAAUGAAUGUGCAUGGAAGAGCCCAAAGACCAACACAGGUUCCCCAGAAAGCAUGUCUACAACAGAGAGUGAGGUAGAGGAGGUUCAAGAUAAACGACCAGAAAAGGAAAAGGAGACAUUCAUGAUGCAAGAGAAUAAAUACUCAGAGACCUCCGGUGCUCCAGAAAGCCUAUCUGUUUCAGAGGACGAGGGAGAAAAGGAUCAUCUGGAUGGAGAAGCACAUGAGAAAGAUGAGACUUGCAUGGAGCAAGAUGAUCAACACACAGACUCUCCCUCAGGUGGCGAAAAAAGUUUGACUGCCUCAGUGAAUGAGAGAAAAGAGGAACUGGAUGAUGAAGCACAGAAUGCGGAAGAGGGAUGCAUGGAGGAAGAGGAUCGGUACUCAAAUGUCAGUAGCCUAGAGGGCCAAAAUGAAGGAACCAUUGUUCGCGAGAGCUUUAAAGAGGAAGAGCAUUCAUUAUCCCAAGGAACUAUGGACUCGCAGGGUAUCGAUGCAUCCAAUGCUCAAGAUUCUGCUCACAAGCUGAAUGAUAAUACCUGUGCCUUUGAAUAUCAGGAUUCAGUUAAUGAUAAUGACUCUUUAAAGGUUGCUGGUCAAGAAAAUGGCAAAAGUUCCUCUGUCAUUUGUGGAUUAGGCCUAGGGGGUAGCAAUCAAACGUUUGAGUCUUGUUUGGAAUUCCCUGAAAAUCAAUCGCUGAAAACUAGAUUUCAAGAGAUUGUUGGUAGUGGCACUCAAAGUACAAACUCAACCUAUGAGGAAAGUGCAAGUGAUUCCAUUCGUGGAAGUGGAAGGAAAGAGGAUCACAGUAGCUUUGAUUUUUUGGAGCGUUGUUUAGGUCUGAACAACUUUGGAAUUGAACAGAAGUCCUGUAUUGAAAAUGAGUGGCUAAGACCUAUCGAUGAGUCAAAUGUAUCGUCUUGUUUGGAAGAGGACCAGGCAUCCCAACAGAACCUAAUGCGCCAUAUCGAGCCACCAGACCUUGUGAGAGCUGGUCUUGAAAACACAAGAAAGACAUUUCAUAAAGUAUUCACAGCAGAUGAUGAGCAAGAACCCCCAGUGCUAAGUGAAUGCUACGGUGAACCAUUGUCAAGAGAAGAUUGUAUGAGUGACACCGAGGGUAAUCAGGAAAGGGGGGAGACCGGGUGUAUUGAUUCAACUGAGUUGAACCAGGGGGGAGGAGAUUCAACUAUUGAUAACAUUGAAGACGAGAGGGAUUUUGAGGACCAAGCAGCUCAGUUGAAAUCCUCACUGUAUAUGAGGAAAUGCAUGCACCCUAUUGUACUGCUCAGGAACUCUGAACUAAAAAAUGACACAGGUGGGGCUUAUCAGUGUGCAGCAUGCCAACAGGCUACACAAAGUAUAGACCAUCUAAUUGAGCAUCACCAUUGUAACCACUCUGAGAACAAAUUAAAUUUCUGUCAGACCUGUGGUACUUACAUGACAUGUGAUUCACUAGCCAAGAAACAUCAGUGUGGUAUUAUUGAUGAAAAUGCACAACUCUCUUCUAAUAUGAAACCCCAGAAGAGAAAAUCAACCGGGCAUGCUUUUCACAAAUGUAGAUACUGCACACAUACAUUUUACAGACUCUGUGAUUACAACAAGCAUGUGCAGAGGCACUCGGGUAGAACUGAACACAAGUGUCAUAGGUGUGGCUGUAACUUUUCACAAUGUCGUAGUCUGAACAGACAUUUACGUGAAAAGAAAUGCCAGCGUCGAAGUUCACAAGUUCCUGUUAAACAGAUUCAAACAACCCCACGUAUCAGCAUUUACAAAAAGGGAACUGUACAUCCAUAUGUCCUCCCACCAAACAGCCCAUAUGCCAAUCUUCCAGAUUGUUUUGUGAAACUAGUGGACAUUUGCAAGGAGCAUGUUUGUCGUCUUUGUGGGAAAAGCUUUGCAAGCAGUGCAAAACUCUACAAGCAUGGAUACAAUGUACACCAUACAAAAACCAGGUCAUAUAAGGUUCGGCCUAAGUGUCAGAACACAUACAGGUCAUAUAAGUGUCAGAAAUGCCUGAUGACAUUCAAUUAUUCAAGCAAUUUUAGCAGGCACAAGAAAAGAUGCAAAGGAGCUGAGAUGAAUGAGAAAUUCAAGUGCCCUCUUUGCCCACGCCUUUUCAAAUAUUCCUACAACCGGUCCCACCAUUUGCGUGAGCAGUGCAUUAAAGACUUUACACAGGGAAUCUCAGGGAAAGUUGACAUGAAAUUUCGAUGCCCCUUCUGCACCACCACCUUUACUAAUGCUUCUAACCGACAUAGACACAUAAGACUGGUGUGCCUCAAGGAAUAUAUACACAAUGAGACUUCAAGGACCAAAGCUGAACGGCAGGAAAACAUGGCCCAGAAAGAAACACAAAAGCCGCCACUGAAAACAGCGCUGAAUCAAAAUGAGCCGGGUCUCAAAUGCAACUACUGUCCGGCCGUUUUUGCUCAUUCUUCUGGAAAGUACAGACACAUGAGGAAACAUAAGUUGUUUGAAAACACUGGAAAAAAGAUCAAGUUCAGGUAUUCAAACAUAAUUCCAAUUUCUAACAAGUCCAAGGCUAGUAUUGAGGAGCCCAAAGACGGUCCACUCUCCAGUGAAGUCAGCAGCCAGCCCUUUUCCUGUCUCUUCUGUGGAAAAUGGUUCAACACUUCAUAUUCCCUGAAGAAACACAUCUGUAGUAUGCACAUGGGUGACAAACCAUAUCGCUGCCUGGAAUGUGGAAAACGUUUUGGGAAAGAAAUCCAUCUUGUUGCUCACAAAAAAGUGCACCAGCGAAGGAUACAGUGUACUGUUUGCAAGAAGAUACUUCCUACCAUUGGGGACUUGAUUCAACACAGGCAAUCUCACAUCAAAAAGGGCAUGCUUCAGUGCCCAGACUGCCCAUCGCAGUUCCAGUACCCAGUGUAUCUUCUUCGACAUAUGGCAUCACAUCACAAACUUCAGCAAGAGCAGCCACUCAAAGAGAAAAAACAGAGGCACCCCUCAAAACAUGAGCUGCUUGGGUCCUUGCCACCAGUCAAAGAGCAGGAAGAGGGAGAAAAGCUGGGGUGCCCCAUAUGCCCAGAGGUCUUUCACAGUGGCACAGAACUGAGUAGUCACUGCCUAAACCAUGUAUCGGAGUCCUCUUCAAGUCAGUGUCCGUUUUGUAAACGCCUCUUCUCUUCCCGCACAUCUUUGGUGCGUCAUAUACGCAUUCAUACAGGGGAGAAACCAUUUUCUUGUCAGAGUUGUGGAGAAUCUUUUCGUCGAAAAGAAUAUCUCCAGUUGCACCAAGAAAAGUGUCCAGGUCCACAAAGCAAACAAGAACUGCCCACUAUCAAAGAAAGUGAAGAUGUCUCAUCAAAAUCUUUGGUGACAAGAAUAAGGAAAGUAUACAAAUGUUCAUACUGUCCUCGGGAAUUUGAAAAAUUGCCCCGUUUAUUACUGCACCACAAUGGCCACAUGCAAAAUACAGUAACCCCCUGUCCAAAAUGUGGUAAAUGUUACAGACAAAGGCGCAAGUUACAUGAAAGACUUUGCAAUGGCUCAAACAUAAAAUCUAUAGAGCCAGUGAGCACUGUCUGGCAUCCUUGUAGGAAUUGUGGGAGGAAGUUUUCAAGAGAUUAUAAUCGAGAUGUCCAUGAGAGGAUUUGCAACUCUGUAAAGCCCUUGCAAAAAAACACCAGCAAUUCUGGCAACUCAAACAUGCAUCCUUGCAGGAAUUGUGGAAAGUACUUUACAAGGAGUGAUAAUCGGAAUUUCCAUGAGAAGACUUGCAACUCUGCCAAGCCCUUGCAAAAAAACACCAUAGAAAUUAGGACCAGUAGCAGGGACAAGUUGCAGCACAAAUGCCCCCACUGUCCAAGCAAGUUCAAGUACAGAAGUUUUCUCCUGAGACAUAUUGGGUCACACACUGGAGAAAAAUCAUAUCCAUGCAUGCACUGUGGUCACAGCUAUGGAAUCCAAUCACGAUGCUUACAGCAUGAAGCUUUCUGUGAUGGUGUUAACAGACAAAAGCCACCAAGCGCCAGCCUUGGUGAAUAUAAGUGCAAUAUCUGCACAAAAAUCUUCAUGAAAUCCCGAAACUUAAGGCGGCACAUCCUAACGCACACAGAGGUAAAGCCAUAUCGCUGUAAGGCCUGUGACAGCUGUUUCUCCAGACAUGAUCAUCUAAAACUGCACCAGAGUCGCUGCAAAGGGAAAAGACAACGUUUAGAGGUUCGCAUUGCCAAAAUUAGUCUUGCAGAUGUUGGAAGGGGCUGGCAAAAUAACCUGAACAUUACCGAUUCAGGAAAGCAACAAGGGUUUGACUGCAGCAUAUGUUCAAAGAUCUUCCCCUCUCACAGCAUUAUGUCCCGACAUAUUGCCAUGUCACAUGCUAUAAGAACCGUCAGUUCAUUUACUCAUGAAAAAUCACUUAAGAGACAUAUAAACAUUGGUGCAUGUCAAAGAUUUUACGCAAAAACAAAGCUUUCAGAAAAGCUAAAUGUUACAAGCCCACCAUCUAGAGAGACAAACCGACUUCUACAGAGGAUCCAGCUGCAAUAUAAAGACAAACGCAAAUUCAAAUGUACCUUUUGCCCUCGCCUUUUCAAAAGUGGUGAGCAAUUGAGGGUGCACACCCGCUUGCAUACAGGGGAGAAACCUUUUGGAUGUUCUAAUUGUGGUGAAAGAUUUAUCCGUAGGGACUACCUGCAGCGCCAUUUGAACAGGUGCAAAGGGGAACCUCUUGACAGAGUGCUUUGUGACAGAUGUGGCAACGUAUUUUCGCAAGACGAACUCGAGAACCAUCAACUGACAUGUGUUGUCAAGUGUAAAUCACCUGCCCGUAGUCGAACUGAGUCCACUACUCGCAGUCCCCCAAAAGGGUUCUCCUGUGCUAAUUGCAGUGCCCGCUUCCUGCUGUUCUCACAGCUCCAGCAACACUUUCUCAACACGCAUAGAGACACUCCAACAAAUCAGGCUUCACCUCUACAGGAGCAGUUGUCUAGCAUGGUGAACAUAAAAGAGGAGCCUAUGGAUGAAGGAUAUGGUGACACUUGGCAGAAUAGUGAUAACAAUCUCAUGCUUGAUCAAGACAGUGAUCCAAACGAUAUGAGCAAACCCAUCAAAUGUCCACAGUGCAACUUGCACUUUGGAAAUAAGGGUGGAUUUUCCAGACACAUGCGUACACAUUUAGGACAGUACCCAUUCAACUGCAAGAAAUGCAAUAAAGGCUUUUGGAACAAAAACCUAUGUCGGAAACAUGUAAGGAAAUGUAGACUUGUAAAGGUCACGAAGGAAGAAGUUAACACGGACUCUGUAAUUACCUCAGAGCUGGAUCCUACUCUUAAAGAGACUGUCCUAGUCUUCAACCAAGGUUACAAAACAACAGGCACUGGGGUUUUGCAGACUAAUUUCUCCUGCAAAGAUGACUUGAAGGAUUUAACACUGCAGAAUUCCUCUGGAAAUCAAGGCAAAGGAAGAUCUUCCCAUGAUAGAAGACAUAGUGGUCAACAAGUCCCAGGCAACAAGUACCAGUGCUCAGAGUGUGAUAGAAGUUUCACAGAUGGGCUUCUGCUCAUCAGCCAUUUAGAGGACCAUGGGCGUGAGGAGCUAGAAAGAAAAAAGAAAUUCUGCCAGCCUUGUGGUAAGACGUUUGCUAAUCCUUCAGACCUAGCAAGGCAUAUGAGAGGCCACUGGAAUGAGAAGAUAUUUUCUUGCCCACAAUGUCCACAGACUUUUCCCUGCCCUUCUGACCUUGACAUCCAUAGAACUUGUCAUGACUCAAAUAGACCAUUUGUCUGCAAAGAGUGUCAACAAAGGUUUUGGACUAGUCAAUCUUUAGAAAACCAUCAAAGCCAAGCUCAUUCAAAAGAACUAAUUCAUACAUGCCAUGUCUGUAACAAGAACUAUUCAAUCAGAAGUUCACUUGUUAAACAUAUUAGGAUGAAGCAUCAAACCCAGAAGAACAUGGAUGUUGUUAUCCACGUGAAGGAAAAGGAGACUGCAGUGCAAGAGAAAUUUGACAUGGACGUUGAUAUGGAUGGAGGAAGUAAUGCAAGUAAUGAUGAAGAUGAAAAUGAUGCUAAUGAGGACAAUGACUCUGACUCUGCAGACUACUUCCCCUGCCAUGUCUGUGGGAAAACGUUCACCACAUCAGAAAGCCUUGAGGAUCACCAACGCUGUCACCUCGGUGAAAAACCUCAUGAGUGUGCAGAAUGUGGCAAAUGUUUUUUCCAGGCAGGGCAACUGCAACAGCACCUUCGGAGCCACAAGUCUGAGUAUCAGUGUCAAAUAUGUGGCAGAGGCUUUGUCUCACUCUUUGCCUUACGCAAACACAAGCAUACUCAUGGAAAGAGCCGUCAACACCGUUGCUCCAAGUGCCCGCUCAGCUUCACAGGGCCCUCGCAGCUGGCAGAGCACAUGGGCACCCACCGCGAUGACAAUUUCCCUUGUGAUAUAUGUGAUCGCACAUUCUCCUGCAAGAUGAGUCGGGCAGAGCACCGGAAAAUCCACACUGAGACAGAGGAUGUUCCACCAGAGAGGACUGCAUCCCCCUCUCCUACUGCCUCUUCCUCUACAAUGAAACACCUUCAAUAUCGUUGUGGGGUUUGUAAUGAACGUUUCAAAGAACCAGAACAACUGUCUGAGCAUGGGUGCAUGGCUGCCAGAGAGCGACCUUAUUCAUGCCAUGAAUGUAAUAAGCAUUUCUUGCAAGCGUCUCACUUAAAUAAGCAUGAGCUCAGUCACUACCAAAUACCACAAUCAUACGUGUAUCGGUGCAAUCAAUGCCACAUGAGUUUCAACUACCGUCACAAUUUUGUCAGUCAUUUAAAUAAACACGGUGACGAUGAGGCUGCAGCAGAAGCUCUGAAAGGAGGCUCAGUGACAAAUGCUUGGGAAACUGUUUCAGAGAAGAGAACAAUUUACAAAUGCCCAAUUUGCCCUCACAGGUUUGCUCAUGCCAUAGAAUUGGCAAGUCACCUUUCAAUACACUCAGAGAACACAUUUGCUUGCAGUGUUUGCAAGUUGACAUUUCCCAACAAAAGCAAGCUUGAAGAACAUGAGCGGAGCCAUCUGACUGCUGCAACACAAUACGAGUGCACUGAGUGUGGUCAGAGCUUCUUGGGCAGUGAUUUCCCCCAGCACCACUGUGCACGUCGGCAACAUGCUGUUAUAGACCAUGAACGCCCACAUCUGUCUAAUAGACAGUCAAUGGAGGAAGCGCUGGAUGUUGGGGAGGACUUCUUUAAUUGUACUGUCUGCUUAAUGCGAUUCUCUUCUCGCGGUAGUCUCCAGCAGCAUCUAAACAAAGAGCAUCACAAUGAACGGCCAUUCAAGUGCCAGUCUUGUGGAAAGACCUUUGCUCUGAAGAGAUAUCUCAGAGACCAUGAGCGAAGACAACAUAAGUUUGGCACUGAACGAGCCCACCCGACAUACAAAGCCACAGACAGUGAGAGCCAGUACAAGUGCUCAGUUUGCCCUAAAACAUUAACCUCGGCACACGACCUGUCAUUGCAUAUGAAAGUGCACACCGAACAGGAAUCUGGAGGAGACCACCGUUGUGACAUGUGCUACAAAUCAUUCAGUCGACUGUCUCUUCUCAGGCAGCAUCAAGAAAGUCAUGUUGGACAAGUUGUAUAUGAAUGCACAGAGUGUGACAAAGCGUUUGCUUUCCCACAUCUUCUAGAGGAACAUCAAAUGUCUCAUGCUGCUGGACCAUAAGUAUUUUUCCCACCCUCAAAAACCUCCCACUUAACUAAAUGUAAAAAGACAAGCUUGACAAUGGACAUAGAAAAGACCUCCUGCCUCACUGAUUGUGUUCAAUUAUCCAAUGAACUCAGUAAUGUCAUAGAAUUUUUCUUUUUCUGGUUCUGUUUGCAGUCAACAAGCAAUUUUAUGUUCACACUUCCAUCUUAAUCGUUUAAAGUUUUUGAUUGGCUCACAAGAUGCUUAACUGUGUUUUACCCCAUGUCUUCUCAAAUGUUUGGCCUACAACCUGGUUCGUGGAAAGGUUUAGAUUAUAUUUACAGAUUUCCUCCUAUUUUAACAUUUUAUAUCUGUUCAGAACUGCAGUUCAUUGAUACUAUUACCUUUCCAUAGAGCACUAAUUUGUAAUAAUCUCAAUGUUCAAUUGUAUAUAGUUGUUUAAAUGUCUUAUGUGCCCUGAAUGCAAUUAUAAAAGUUUCAGUUCACAUUACACAAAGUGAAAUGUAAGCUUUUGACAAUGGAAUAAAUUCCUGACUCUGAAGAAGUGGAAUGGGCUGUCAUUGACAGUUUUAGGAAUCCAUAUUGACCAGUUACUCUUUUUUUUUCUUCUGCUUGCUAAUCCAUUACUCUGCCUAACCUUCUAAAGAUAUUAUCACUUAGACUUUAAUAAUGACGUGGGAUACUUUUAGCCAUGUAUGAUCCAUGUAGCUCUUCUAAACAUCUGAAAACUUUCCUAAUCUAAAACUACAGCAUUGUAUAUUAUGUAAAUAUUACAUGAUCGUAAACCAUUUAAGUAUUUGACAUGAAAUUGACCGUUGUUGUAAGCUAUUCAUUUUCCCUGUGUUAGAAUGUUUAUCAUUCAUUCAAAUGCCUUAAAUAUGUGUUUUGGAUGUAGUAGUUCAAGGGCAACAUUUGUUGACAUUUUUUUCCUUAUUGGGUGUUACUUUUGUAUGAAUGGUGUUUCAAUCAAAAGACAUUAAACAAAAUAAACCAGU